UGGGGUACAUUGGAGGAUAUCCAACCAGAAGGGCAAGGGCCACUGGAAAGUGAAGAUGGAGUGCGACGUGUGCAUGCAGCUCUUCGAUUCGGCGGAGCGCCGCCCCAAGUCCCUCCCCUGCGGCCACACGUACUGCCUUUCUUGCCUGGAAAAGCUAGCUCAAAAGGAGUGCCCCGUCGACAAGAAGGUGUUUCAAGUAGACAAGUUGGUGGACAACUUCAUGCUGCUCAAUGCGACUAACAAGCCUGCCCGCUUCUGGUGCAUCGACUGCGAGAGGGAGGCGACGGAUGGCUGCAUAGACGAGCAUGCCGUGCGCAGCCUCAAGCAGGAGCGGACCAGAACGUCGGAGCCGCUCCUGGAGGCGCUGCGGCGAGGCGAAGCAGCCCUGUCUGGGAUGGCCAGGGUGGUGUACAAAGCGGAUGUAGACUUGCCCGGGCAGACGAAGGUCUGCGUGGAGCGGCUGAAGCGAGAGGUGGUUCGACUUGGCUUGGCGAGGCACCGCCUUCUGGACGCGCUGGAGGGGAACGUGGCGGUCUGGGAGCAGGCCAAGGAGGCCGCGGUGCAGGUGCAGAGUGAACAAGAACUCUCCGAGACGGCGGCCCUGCUGGCGGCAGACCUGCUGGACCCCUCGUCGUCGUGGACUCUGCGGCGCGCUGCUGGGGGGCCAGUGGCGUGGACCGGCGAGGUGCGGCCCGCGGAGGACGCGGCGGCCAGGCUGCUGCUGUGCGGACUGGCUUUCAGUGGAGGGCUGCGGGUGCAGAAGCAGGACCCAGGACUGGAACCAGAGCAGCGACCUGAACCGCAGCUAGAACAUCGUGAAGUAGAACUGCGCUGGCAGGACAGCUCGAACCGGGACGAGAUGAGCGUGGAGGACAUGGCGGCCAGGAUGACGGCCGGCAGCAGGGUGGUGCGGGGCCGCGACUGGGUCUGUGAAGAUGAAGAUGGCGAUCCCCCCGGGCCGGGCACCAUCGAUAGUAUUGAGAUAGUUGAGGAAGGUGAAGAGUUCUUCGACGUAGGUGACAAGCAGGUAAAUGUGAUCUGGGACAACGACAGCGAUCGCAAAAUCAUCUGGUACAGAAUGGGGAGCCACGAACAGUAUGAACUCCGAUUGGUGCCUCUGCAGCUGAAGCCAAACAUUGGUGCAGAGGAAAAGGUCCUCGAAGUCAGCUCUGUUUGUUUCAGUACGAACAUGAAACCCAAAUGGAAAUUGUUGUCAGACAACAAUUUAGAAGAGGUGCGCACCCUGCUCAACCUGCACUGCGACGUCCAUCCUCUUUGGAGUCUGCUUGUCCUCCAGGAGGCCGCGCCCCGCCUGAAGGCCCUGCAGCUGGUGUCGCCGCAGCAGCAGCACCUGGACGCGGCCCUGGCGAUGCCGCUGCUCGAGGGCCUCUGCGUGUGCAACGUGACGGGGCCGCAGCUGCAGCAGGUGGUCCGGAUGGCGUCGCUGCGCCGCCUGGAGCUGCACUGCCCGCCGGACGCCCCGCUGCCGGUGCUGGCGUUCCCGGGGCCUGCCGCGGGGCUGCGGUGGCUGCGCUGCGGCGUGCACCCGCUGGUCACGGCGCUGGCCCUGGAACUCAAGAAGAUGGUGCUGCUGCGUCGAGAUGCUUACGAUUCGUUUUGUCGCCAUGAUGAGAAAUCUUGCAAGAAGCAAGUGGCACAAAUUACAUACUUUUUCUACGAGAGUGACUUGUGUGUGGAUGUGCUGUGCAGUGUGUGCAACGAGGGUUGCGAGUAA